UUUCUAAACGCAUCACCUUCUUCUUCGGCGUCUGGUGAAACGUCUUUUCCUACUGGAGCUCAGUUUGAACAGCACAGCCACAGAUGAGCUUUACAUGGUGCGUCCUGAACGGCUUCAGGUUCACAUGUCGUUCUCCUCCAACAAUCUGCAGGAGGUUUUGUACUUCACAGUCUAUAAUGGCGUCGAGGCACACUAAUGCCAAAAGAAUUAAAGGACUGGACAAGAAUGUUUGGGUGGCGUUUACAUCAGUAGCAGCUGACCCGUCCAUUGUUAACCUGGGCCAAGGCUAUCCAGACAUCCCGCCGCCUUCUUAUAUCAAGGAGGCUUUGGCGAAGGCAGCGUCAGUGGACCGUAUGAACCAGUACACCAGAGGCUUUGGUCAUCCCUCCUUGGUGAAGGCCCUCUCACAGGUGUAUGGGAAGGUCUACGGUCGCCAUGUCGACCCUCUGAAAGAAAUCCUGGUCACCGUUGGUGGUUAUGGUUCCUUGUUUAGCACCAUGCAGGGCCUUGUGGAUGAAGGAGACGAGGUGAUCAUAGUGGAACCGUUCUUCGAUUGCUACGUACCGAUGGUCAGAAUGGCAGGAGCCAAGCCUGUAUUGAUCCCAUUACGGCCUAAGUCCGGUAAAAAGACACUCUCAAGCGCCGACUGGUAUCUUGAUCCAGAUGAGCUUUCUGCAAAGUUCAGCUCCAAGACGAAGGCCAUCAUCAUCAAUACUCCCAACAAUCCCAUAGGGAAGGUUUUUACCAAAGACGAGCUGCAGAUGAUCGCGGACCUUUGUAUCAAACACGACACGCUGUGCUUCAGCGAUGAGGUUUACGAGUGGCUCGUCUAUAAGGGUCACCAGCAUGUCAAAAUCGCUACUCUGCCUGGAAUGUGGGACAGAACCAUAACCAUCGGCAGCGCAGGGAAAACCUUUAGUGUUACUGGUUGGAAGCUUGGUUGGUCUAUUGGACCUGAGCACCUGGUUAAACAUCUUCAGACUGUCAUGCAGAAUACUCUGUACACCUGUGCUACACCUCUACAGGAGGCCGUGGCAGAGGGUUUGCUGCUGAACUAUAAGUUAAUGGGUCAGCCCGACUGUUACUUCUCCUCAUUGGCUGAAGAACUGGAGGGAAAGAGGGACCGCCUCGCCGCCAUUCUGCAGGAGGCUGGGAUGACUCCAGUUAUCCCAGAGGGUGGCUACUUCAUGCUGGUGGAUGUAACUCCUCUCAAUCAGGAUCUGUCCCACAUGGCCGACGAUGAAGCCUAUGACUACAAGUUUGUUAAAUGGAUGAUAAAAGAAAAGAAAUUAGCUGCUAUUCCCGUCACAGCGUUCGUUGGAGAAGAGUCCAAGAAGCAGUUUGAGAAAUAUAUUCGCCUGUGCUUCAUAAAGGAAGACAGCACUCUGGAAGCAGCGGGGAAGAUCCUGAAAAACUGGAGCAAAGUUUAACAGGAUCUGAGCAGCUGAACUCUGAGGGAACAGAGAGGUGGACGGCUCUUUAACAGGAGGAGAAUUUUAAUUCAAACAGUUUAUCCUGGAAGGCCAAUAAAAAAAAAAUACAUCUAGAA